AAUCCAACUCCUCCAGCUAAUUCAGAAAUAGAAUUUCUUGAUGCAUUGAGAUUAUUUGAUCCUCCAGAAAUUGCUAAGACUAUUUUAUUACCAGAAGCUGAAAGAGAAUAUCUCGAAGUAUUAGGAAUAUUAGAACCUAUUCUGCAAUUUCAUCAAACUGAUAUUAUUAGUUUAGGAUGUGAAUUAUUAGAUGAUUAUUAUAAAGUUGAGAUAGGAAAAGAAAGCGUAUAUGUACAAGACCUUAUUAAUACUCUUGGGGUACUUAGGGAACAAAUAAUAAAUAUUUUUAAUAAUCGAUUUGACUUCACGCAUAGGUUCAAAACACGAUUAUGCCUCAGAGGAAAAAUGAGUCGAUCAGCAAAUUAUCAACAGGGGUUAUUUGAUAAUAAAAUAGAAGAAGAUAACGGAGAAAUAGAUUAUAAAGAAGUUCCUUUCAAAAAUAAAGCAGUGGUAGUAACUGCUAAAGAAGAUAUUCCAAGAAUUGUAGACGAACUUAUUUGGAAUAUUGAAAAUCGAAUAGAAACUUAUAUUGUUGAAGGCUCAGGCUAG